AUCAUGGGCCGUAUCUUCUUGGAUCACAUCGGCGGGACACGCCUGUUCUCCUGCGCUAACUGUGACACCAUCCUGACGAACCGCUCCGAGCUGAUCUCCACACGCUUCACCGGCGCCACCGGACGAGCUUUCCUCUUCAACAAGGUGGUGAACCUGCAGUACAGCGAGGUACAGGACCGUGUGAUGCUGACCGGCAGACACAUGGUGCGAGACGUCAGCUGUAAGAACUGCAACAGCAAGCUGGGCUGGAUCUACGAGUUCGCCACCGAGGACAGCCAGCGCUACAAGGAGGGCCGUGUGAUCCUGGAGCGAGCGCUGGUGCGAGAGAGCGAGGGCUUCGAGGAGCACGUCCCGUCAGACGCCUCCUGAGAUGUGUGUUAGGCCACACCCACACACUAGAUUCACCAAUAAACACGAGCUUCAGAUGCACCAUCUCUUCUGUAAUUGGCUAAAACAGACCCGACCGUCUGCUCUGCGCUCGCACGGGCGUCAGUAAUAGGACAGAAGUGCACGUUCAUGGUCUCUUCUCCCAUGUUUCACACACUUUCCCUCUGUAUGGAGUUCAGUUUGUGCCAGAAGCGUCGACGGCUGUGUACAGUAUUUGUCUGUCUGCUGUGGUUUUGUCCUUCAUUUGUGUUUUAACUCCUGCUCUCAGACAUCCAGAUAAACAAGCAGAUUUAUUCAGUAAUGAGUUUCUCACAAUCUCUGAAUAUUAUGACUAAAGAUCAUUGUAGACUGUAGAUUCGUUCACAUUUACAGAACAGAAGAAUAAAGGCAUCUGAAAGUUUUAGAAACUCUUAUUAGAAAAAUAAAAUAGUCAGACCUGGUCAAAUACACCGGACAUUACAGUCCAUUCUUCUGGCACAGAUGUACCUCCGUAUGAAGCCUUCACAUGCAGAAACCUGAGCUUUUUUCUUUUAGAUGAGCAUUUUGUCAAGAUAUUCAGUAACUGACUAAUAACCUUUUCUUUGCCUUUAAAGAGAAAUUACUGAACCUAAACAUAGGAGCCCUAAACAAAAAUCUCAUUUAAAAGACGAGAUCUCCGACAGACCUGGAUGGUUUGGCAUCUGAAGGCUUCGUGUGUAAGAUCUGCUGUGUUAGUGUUAGUGUUGAUAGAUAACAUCUGCACCUUCAUCUGGAAACAAGAGCUAGUGAAUGUACCGAAUCAAUACUGAAAUUAUGUAGAUUUCUCCACAAAUUCUCUGUUUGUUUCCUAAAGAGAGCUCCCUAGCCGCUAUAGUAAGACCUUCUUUAUUAUCCUUUAAUCACUGAUCCAUGGGUGAGGUGUUUCUCCUACAGUCAUGUGACCCAACCGGUUCAGGAUACACACUCAGCAGAUCUGGACAUCUUUCUGGUUGAACAGGCUUUUAGCAGGAGGAUCUGAGAUCUGUAGUUUCAGCUGAUAAACUAGAGGACAGACGCUGUCCUGUUUCCAGUUUGUUAGAAACCACCUUUAGUGUUGUUCAGUUGGACAGGAGUGUGUUAGUGUUCACAGAUUCUCGUGUUCAUUUGUGAUUCCUUCCAGACUUUGUGGAUUUGUCGGGUCUCUAAAUCUCCUCCGUUCUGCUGAAUUUAAGCUCAGCAUGUUGAACGUUGUUGUACUGUUUCUCUGAGCGAAUUCCUCACAUGCUUCUGAUUCUGUUCGGUGUUUGUUUGCUUCUGAUGUCAAAGUACCAGCAAGAGCCUUUCUGCUUCUCUGUCCUUUAAUUAAAGCCGCUUCUGUUAAUUAUUGUAUCCCAAAGCUCAGUUGUGUAUUUAGCAUGAAGUUCAUUGUGUUAUAUUUGAUGUCUGACUUGAAGAAUAAAUCAUUUCCCAAAGUGGAA